AAUUAGAAUCAAACCCUAGCUUGUCCUCCUCGUCGAUUUCCCCUGACCCCCCACCAGGGCACCAGGCGACUCGCCGGAACCCUAGGUAGCCGCAGAUCCUACGCGCCGUGCACGCGGCCGCCUCCAUGGCGACGCUCAAGGAUCUCCUACCGGCGCCCAAGACGUCAGCGUCCACCUUCUACGACCACAGCAGCGACCCCUGGUUCAAGGAGCGGUACGGUGGGGAGUCGGCGCAGGCGGCCGCGGCGACGAGGCCCGCGGCCGCCGCCCGGCCCGUGCCACCUUACGGAAAGCGGACGGGGUUCGUGCCGCGACGGCCGGAGGACUUCGGGGAUGGCGGCGCCUUUCCGGAGAUCCACGUCGCGCAGUAUCCGCUCGGCAUGGGACGCCGUGAUGAUAAGGGCGGAUCCAAGAUCCUUGCGCUCACCGUCGACGCACACGGCAGCGUCGCCUUCGACGCCGUCGUCAAGCAGGGGGAGAACGCAGGCAAGAUCGUCUACUCUAAGCAUAGCGACCUCGUGCCGAAGAUAGCCACUGCCGAUUCCCAGGCGACGUCGGACGACGACGAGGAGCAGAAGCAGAUCGAGGAGACAACUGAACGGACCAAGGCCGCCUUGGAGAAGGUUGUCAACGUCCGCCUCUCUGCAGCUCAGCCCAAGAAUGUGCCGACUCAUGAUUCUGAGUCCAAGUUCAUCAAGUAUAAGCCGUCACAGCAAUCCGCGGCCUUCAAUUCAGGUGCAAAGGAGAGGAUCAUUAGGAUGUCAGAGAUGGCGGUGGAUCCUCUUGAGCCACCAAAGUUCAAGCACAAGCGUGUGCCCCGGGCGUCUGGGUCACCACCUGUACCAGUGAUGCACUCGCCGCCACGGCCAGUUACAGUGAAGGACCAGCAGGAUUGGAAGAUCCCACCUUGUAUUUCAAAUUGGAAAAAUCCAAAGGGUUACACGAUUCCGCUUGAUAAGAGGUUGGCGGCUGAUGGGAGGGGUCUGCAGGAGGUGCAGAUCAAUGAUAACUUUGCAAAGCUUUCUGAAGCAUUGUACGUGGCAGAGCAGAAGGCGAGGGAGGCAGUGCAGAUGCGCUCCAAGGUUCAGAGGGAACUUAUGCUGAAGGAGAAGGAGAGAAAGGAGCAAGAGCUAAGGGCACUUGCACAGAGGGCACGUAUGGAGAGGACUGGUGCCCCACCUGCACCAUCAGGUGUGCCUGCUGGUGGUGGCAGGGGAGCAAUUCAGGAUGUUGAUGAAGUUAUGGAUAUGGAGCAACCGCGUGAACCACGGGAAUCACGUGAGCAGCGCAGGGAGUCUAGAGAAGAGAGGGAAGGAAGGAUUGAGCGUGAUAGAAUCCGUGAGGAGCGCAGACGCGAGAGGGAGAGGGAGAGGAGGCUUGAAGCCAAGGAUGCUGCAAUGGGCAAGAAGAGUAAGAUCACAAGGGACAGGGAUCGUGAUAUCAGUGAGAAGAUUGCUCUUGGUAUGGCAAGCACUGGUGGUGCAAAAGGUGGUGAGGUUAUGUAUGACCAGCGUCUGUUCAACCAGGACAAGGGAAUGGACUCUGGUUUUGCCACAGAUGAUCAGUACAAUAUCUACUCUAAGGGUCUCUUCACAGCGCAGUCCACGAUGUCCACGCUAUACAGGCCUAAGAAGGAUGGGGAUUCUGAUGUAUAUGGUGAUGCAGAUGAACAGUUGGAGAAGGUUAUGAAGACUGAGAGGUUCAAGCCUGACAAGGGAUUUACUGGUGCUUCAGAGAGGACUGGCAAGCGAGACAGGCCUGUGGAGUUCGAUAAGCAGGAAGAAAAUGAUCCAUUUGGUCUGGAUCAGUUCUUGACUGAGGUGAAGAAGGGUAAGAAAGCUGUGGAGAAGAUUGGAGGUGGAGGAACCAUGAAGGCGAGUGGUGGGUCCUCAAUGAGGGAUGAUUAUGAUGGUGGAUCUGGGAGGUCCCGCAUCAACUUUGAAAGGGGGCGCUGAGGUAUUUGCUCUGCUUCUGCAGGUUUGGAAUGCUUUCUCAAAUAUCUUCUAGCAGAAUGUCAUAAGAAGCUGAACUCUGAUAAGAAAGAGCAUGGCUCCUGUGCUGUUAUAGCUCAUGUGCCUACUUUCAGUGGUUGUGCUUAAGAGUGUACUAUAUGGAUCCUAUGAUGUCUAUGUACUAUGCGUGUAUCUGUUCAUUAUAGGAGCUAUGAGCUUCGUUUAUCCAUGUUCCAUCAAUUGUUACGAACUUACGAUACAUGUUAUUGGGCUCUAUUAUUUCAUCAGUUAUCAUUUUGGGAUAUGGAUGGACUCAACGUGGCUAUUUGUUGCCAUGGUUGCUGCA